AUUUGCUAUCAUAUUGUGGCAAAGAAACGUGUCCUGGUGUUCUGGUCACCCUUUCACGACCCCCGAGUGCACGAGUCUGCACCUGCGGGUGUCCAGGUGACCACGGUGAGAGCCAUGGACGAAUCCGCGCCGGACAAGCCAGUCGCUUACAGCCUGCUGGACGUCAAGGACCAUGCCUUCUUUCACCUCAACCACGUCACCGGGAAUCUGACCACGGCCAAGAGUAUCAACAGGAAAGCGGGGGAGAAAUAUGAGGUCAUGGUCGCAGCCGUCAGCCAAGGGCUUACGGAGGUCAAGACGCUUCUUAUCGAAGUCACGGUCCCCAACGAGCACCCUCCGGUCUUUGAGCGCGCCCUGUACCGCAGCGAGGUGCAUCAGACCAGGACCAGGCCCGGCUACCGGGUCGUCCAGGUACGGGCCCACGACGCAGACUCGGUGCCAUACAACGCCGAGGUCUACUAUCGCCUGGAGCCCGGACCGGAGUCCACGCGGGCGCUACGGUACCUGGCCCUAGACGGUAUCACUGGAGAGGUGAUGCUCAACCGAAGCCUCGCCGACGUCUCCGAGCCCACCAUCGGGUUCACGGUGAUCGCCGAAGACGGUGGAUCUCCCAAGAAACAGGCUCGGACCAGGGUCGAGCUACAAGUGAAAACCAUCUCCGAUCCCCAAAACACUCGUGCUCUGGUCUCGAACGAGACGAGCGUCCGCAUCUGCUGGCAGCGACCCCUUUACGGCAACGUGUCCGGCUACGUGAUCAAGUACAAGGCUGCCUCGGAUAACGUCACUUCCUUCGUGAACGUCACCACGGAGGCCAUGGACAAGUGCACUCCCGUGCAGGGGCUCCGGCCCUGGACCGAAUACGAGUACCGGGUCUACGCCUGGAACUCCAAGGAAGAGGGUCUGGGAAGCCCCGUGGACCGCUUUGCCACCAGGAUUGACUACUGCCUGCUGAACAUCUGCAAGCACGGCUCCUGCGAGACGACCCGCGACAAACCGGGCUACCGGUGCCUCUGCGAACCGGGCUACUACGGCGACACGUGCGAUUGGUUCGACCCCUGCUCCCAGAACCCGUGCCGCACGUUCGGCACCUGCGUCAACACCAGCAGGGACGAGUACCGCUGCGACUGCUUCACGGGCUUCUCGGGCCGCAACUGCAGCACGUUCGACCCGUGCGCGCUUCGCCCUUCGGCCUGCCUCCACGAUGGGGUGUGCCGUUCCAACGCGUCGCACACGUUCACCUGCUUGUGCGUGGACGGCUUCUACGGGAAGACGUGCCUGCACCGGGACCCGUGCUUCUCUUCCCCUUGUCUGAACCAGGGGCGCUGUUUCAACCAGUCCGACGUUGAGUUUAGCUGCCGCUGCGAACCUGGGUUUACAGGAGACUUGUGCGAGCAGAACGUGGACGAAUGUCUCUCCAGUCCGUGCAAAAACAAAGGCGAAUGCCAAGACGGCAUCAACAGCUUUACCUGUCAUUGCCCCAGAGGCUACAAGGGCCCUCUCUGCGAAGUCCGAGAGUCCUGUCCCGAAGAGUUCCAGCAGACGGACAAAGGCAUGUUCCACUGGCAGCCAGUGCAGCACGGUUCCGUGGCUAAGGUCGAGUGUCCCUACGGAGCGUACAACCCGGCCAGCGAGUACAAAUACGCCAGGCGAAAGUGCCGCCUGCUUUCCACCGGACAGACUUCGUGGAUGAAGGUCACUGCUCAACACUGUCGAUACAAGAGCUUUCAAACGGCAGAGAACAUCACCUCCGAACUCGAGUUCCUAACCCACGAUCCAGGAAGCAUUCGGCCAGACCAGCUCCUGUCAUUUGCAGAAAAAAUCGAGCCGGUUGUCGAAUACGCCAUUAAAGACAUAAAGAUUGCCCAAGCGAUGAUACACGUUAUCAGCAACUUCCUGGCCCUUAACGACAGUGUGAUUGAGGAAGGCGAUGCCAACGGAAGUGCUGUGGAAAGGUUGAGGACUGUGGUGGAGAAGUUCACCUCCGAGGUGGUCCUUGGCUCCGGCGCGCUCAUCAUCGAGAACGAGAACCUGGUGGUAAAGGCCGUGGCCUGGUCCCCUAAGUUGCUCGCCCAGGGGCAAGACUUCCUCAGCUUCUCCCUGAGGUCCAAUGGUGACCACUAUCUUCAUGAGGACUUCUCGGGAGACGGGGAUGACCAGGAGGAUGGCGACAACAUCGUCAUCACGAUCCCUUUCGAAGCCCUCUCGAUGGCCAUCAACGAGUCGAGGCGCAUCACUGGCGAGCCCGUCAGGCCCAUCCACGAGGUCGAGAAAGGCCCGAGAAUUUCGUUCGUCUCGUACAGAAACGACAAGUUCUUCCGGCCACGGACGCCGAAAAUCGGCGACCUCGUUAGCGCAGGGCAAGUGGUGCUUUCCGCGAAGAUCGGACUGGGCAAUGUGGAGAACUUGAGCGACCCUCUUGUCUACUCGUACCCCACGUACAACACUGAGAAAUACGUCUGCGCUUUCUGGGACGAACGCAGAAGAGAAUGGUCGACAGCAGGGAUCACGACCAACCAGUCUGGCAAUAUGACGGUGUGCAGUUCAACCCAUUUAACAGCAUUUUCGCUCCUUCUGGAUCCGAUGCCCGGCCUUAGCACACCUUCUCAUCACUACCGCAUUCUCUCGUUGAUAUCCUACGUAGGCUGCAUCAUGUCCAUCAUUGGUCUCUUCUUCACAAUUCUCACGUACGCCCUCUUCAGGUGCCUGAACAAGGACCGCUCCGGAAAGAUCCUGCUGAACCUCUGCACCGCCAUGCUUCUGCUGAACGUCGGCUUUCUAGUGGGUUCGCUGUACGAGCGGGUCAACCGAGUCGACCUGUGCCUGGCCACCGCCGUGUCCACCCACUACUUUGUACUGGCCACCCUGGCCUGGAUGGGCGUGGAGGCCCUCAACAUGUACCAGAUGCUGGUACACGUUUUCGCCUCUUCCGAGACCUGCUUCAUGCUCAAGCGGUCUGCUGUGGCGUGGGGAUUGCCAGCAGCUGUCGUGGCCACUUGCGUUGUUAUAGACCUGGAACCCUAUAAAAGACAUGACGAAUUUUGCGUACUGACAUCACGAAACCCUUAUAUCUACUACAUCGCCUUCUUAGGCAUCUCAUGUCUUAUCCUUUUCAUCAACCUCCUGGUCUUCAUCAUGGUCACUCGAGUUCUGUUCACCCCACGCAUGGCUACCAAGGCUGCAGCCAAUAACAGUAGUUCCUCGAGCACCAACUCGGGCCACCCUGCGCCUCCCAUCACAGCAGCACAAGUGAGAGGAGCCUUUACAGUUAUGACGCUGCUCGGAGUCACGUGGAUCUUCGGGGUAUUUGCGGUCGGCGAAGCCAGGACCGUCUUUCAGUACAUCUUUUGCGUCUGCAACUCGAUGCAAGGCUUCCUCAUCUUCGUGGUUCGGGUACUACAGUACCCUGAAGCCCGGAGCGCUUGGUUCCAGCUUCUGACUAGAGGAACCCUGAAAAAGCACCGAGGAAGCGGACCGCCGGGAGGGUCCUGGUGCGCCAACUCAUCCAACCCGAAGCAAAACAGUCAUUCCUCUAUGGUACGGAUGACAUCCUCGAGUACCGACAGCACGAGCACAGUCGUGUUCAACAGCAACAUUUGGAACCGCAACUCUGGCAAAGAGAGUGGCCCCACCAAACUGUCUCGGAUCUCUGGAGUUGGAAGCCUGCUGAAGAACUGUCAUCUUCAAAAGGAGGAAAACAAACACAGCAGCCUCUCCCGCAAGAAAAAGACGGUCAUCGUGGAGGAAGAAGUUGAUUCCAAAGAGAACCACAAAGAGUUCUAUUCGUCGGAAGACCAGGUCACCGCGCUGGUCAAGGUUCCGGAGCUUUACAGCAAGGAGGAGCGGGAAAUCGUCAAGUCCAACAGCAUCAACUCGAACGAACCGCUGAAGUUUAUGGACGAAGAAUCGCGAGCUGCGGCAGGGUUCGCGACCCAGAAAGCGCACAUCUUGUUCGCCUACGCCGACGGCGAGACGACGCCGAUCAGGAUUAACGGCAUUGUGCAUUCGCCGGCCGAUAAACCCAAGGUGGAAUGUUUCAGCACGUUCCAAAGACCUUCCCCGGUGCCGGGAGCGCCAAAAAUUCCUGAACUUCCGCAGUCAUGGAAAAGUCGGGAGACAGAUCCGUUGACCACGCCAAGUGAUUACGAGCACCGCGAUCCCGGGAUGACAACGCUAAAGAUUACAGAAGAGACGUCAUUUCUUACAGCUAACGGAUCCGGUACGACGGUCAUCUCUUGAAGCUGAGUGUUAUUUUCGGUGGAACACAUUGCGAUCUCAGCUGACUGAUGAAUUCUGUCGGUUUUCCUUCCCCCAAAGACCACGAUGGCAAGAUAAUUAUCUGUGUUUGUGUGUGUGUGGUGACAAUGAGCAGAAGUGACCAGAACUUCGGUGCCGCUGCAGAUUAUGUAUUCAAUUGCCUUACGUACGACAAAUCAUUCGGCUCCGAAGAAGGAGCGUCACUCGUUCUAACCGCUACGAGUAAUAGUGACAAGACAACGUCAAUUUCUGAUGUACAUAGAACGUGAACUGCAUCCUAUUUAUGAACCCAUUGAAUCAUCGCUAUCUUAACAUUCCCUUCUGCUUCGCCCAUUUAAGUAAUGUAACCCAGAAAAAACAUUCUUCAGGAUGAAGCGCAUUUACUAUUCUCGAUAUUUCAGAUGCUAAUAUAUUGAACAGAUGAACCCGUAGUUAAUGUCUCCAGGAAAUUGAAGGACCCGCCAGUCAAUAUUACAAUUAUUUUACAGAUGCGAGUUAGACUGUAAAGUAUGAGAUGCCGAAAUGCUUACUAAGUUUAUUUAGUUGUCACAUUGCGAUCAAUACCCAGUGAAACUUUGAGUUGCUCUUCCUGUGUGCCUCCUUUUCGAUAUACUGGAAUGGCAUUUUAGAAACAAGAAACAAACGUGGUUGUUGUUCAUAUGUAGCGCGUUUCACUUCAUAUAUAUGAAAAAGUGUGUUUUUAUUACGCUCGACGUGAAAUCAUCUAAGAAAGCUGGGACGUCGAAUGAAGAAUUUUGUUUUCUUUUUAAUCCGUCCCCAUUUG